AUGACGAAAGAAAUGGAGACAGAGGAUUCAAAAAAAUUUGGUGAAGUACCGAAUGAAAAGUUGGUUAGUUUACACAAGAAAAAUGUAAAAAGUGGAACGAAUAGUAAUGAUGAGUGUAAUGAAAUUCGAAAAGAAUUGAAUCGUCGCUGUCGAGAAAAAUCAGUAGGUUAUUUGUCGAGUUAUGAUGUGCCGACGUUGUGUGAAUAUUAUGCGACAUAUCGUACUAAGAAUGUUGAGGAGUUAUACAAAAAUCAGUCGACGUUGCAGCGUAAAAUUCACGAUUUGAUUGAUGAUGAUCCGCUCAAUAUCUCAAAAAUCUCGAAUGAUAUGCUGCUGCAACUAUCAGCUGUUAGUCUCGUCAUACAAAAACUUAGCAUAUCAAAAAAUAAAUAA